GCUGAGCUCUGCGGCCGCCGGGGCCCUGCAGCGAGCCCGGUCGGCCCCGCGCCGCGCCCCGCCCACCCCACCCCGCGGAGGGUGCGCCCGGGCGAGGCGGGGCGGGGAGGAAAAGGCGCCAGCGAAGAGUAGCAUCCGCUACCAUCGCCGCAGGGAGAUCGAGAGCCCCCCUUAAGCCCCAGCCCACCAGCGCCAAGGCUCCUCUACCCUCAGGCCACCUUUCGCCCACCUCCUGUCUCGAGCCAAGGCCGGCACCCCGCCCGGAGAUGGGCAGACGCGCGGAUGGCGUGGCUCCCAGCGCCGCCAGAUCGCAGGAGCCCGGCGCUGGGGCGCUGCGCUGAAGCUCCCGAUCGGCGCAGCCUGGGAAGCCUGCAGGUGUCCUUGGCCGCUCGGCCGCCGGAGCCCAGAACCCCGCGCCCCGGAGCGGCUCCGCCCCUCAGGCUCGGCGCUGCGCAGGACGCCCCGUCUGAGGCCCCCCCGCCCCAGCACGGCCCCCGCUGCGCAGCGCCAGCCCAGCGCCGCUCCCAGCCGCUGCUGAGCGGCGGACGCAGGACCUGAGGCUCGCUCCUGCGGGCGCGCUUGUUUUUCUGGGGCCGCCUCGCCCUGCGCAGCCCCCGCCCGCCUAAACGCCGCGCUCCGCUCAGCCCCGCCCGCCUUCGGAGCCCUGCGCUGGAUUUAUGAAUGGGGGGAAGAGGCCACAUGCCGCCGCCACCGCCGCGUGUUGACCGCAAGCACCCCGGGCCCGCGGAGCUCCGGCUGCCGUGAGAGCGUCUGCCCGGCCCCGGCAGCCGCUCCGAGAACUUGUUGCUGCUGCGCUGCCGCCGCCGCGGAGAAGCCGGCGGCUCCCGGGACUCGGCACGGUCUGGGAGAGCCGGAGGGUGGCCCGUGUGAGUGUGAGCGCGCGCGCGCGCUCCCCGGACCCUCGCAGUGCGCCUGGACUGUGCGCUAACUCGCCUUCUGGGGGAGAAGGGGGGGCGUGUCCAGAGCCCAAGCGUCUGAGUGUCCAGUCCUAGCAGGGGAGGUGUGUGUUUGCCCUUGCCUCCCCGGGCCCCUCGCCCGGGUCCUCGGCUAGCCUUUUUCUUCCCUGCCUCCUCGCCGAAGCUGCCUGCCCAAACCCCAACCACCUGUGCACCCGAGAAACCCAACUCCUCCUGCUCGGCGCCCCGGCGGGGAGGCAGGGGCAGGGCCAAGCCGCAGAGGGGGCCGCCGCCGCCUCCUGCCUCCUCCUCGCCUCCUCCCCCUCCCCCGUCUGACGCUGCCUCCUCGGGAAGGGUGUUUAGAGGGCAGCGGCCGCCCCAAGCCGAAGCCCCGCAGCGCUUCUUAUGAUCAGCUCGGUGUGUGUCUCCUCCUACCGUGGGCGCAAGUCGGGGAACAAGCCUCCGUCCAAAACAUGUCUGAAGGAGGAGAUGGCCAAGGGCGAGGCGUCGGAGAAGAUCAUCAUCAACGUGGGCGGCACGCGACAUGAGACCUACCGCAGCACCCUGCGCACCCUACCGGGCACCCGCCUCGCCUGGCUGGCCGAUCCCGACGGCGGGGGCCGGCCCGAGUCUGAUGGCGGCGGUGCAGGCAGCAGCGGCAGCAGCGGCGGCGGGAGCUGCGAGUUCUUCUUCGACCGGCACCCGGGCGUCUUUGCUUACGUGCUCAACUACUACCGCACCGGCAAGCUGCACUGCCCCGCCGACGUGUGCGGGCCGCUCUUCGAGGAGGAGCUCACCUUCUGGGGCAUCGACGAGACCGAUGUGGAGCCCUGCUGCUGGAUGACCUACCGCCAGCACCGCGACGCCGAGGAGGCGCUCGAUAUCUUCGAGAGCCCGGACGGAGGCGGCGGUGGCACGGGGACGGGCGACGAGGCCGGCGACGAGGAGCGCGAGCUGGCCCUGCAGCGCCUGGGGCCCCACGAGGGAGGUGCGGGCCCCGGCGCCGGGUCCGGGGGCUGCCGUGGCUGGCAGCCCCGCAUGUGGGCGCUCUUCGAGGAUCCCUACUCCUCCCGGGCGGCCAGGGUGGUGGCCUUCGCCUCUCUCUUCUUCAUCUUGGUCUCCAUCACCACCUUCUGCCUGGAGACCCACGAGGCCUUUAACAUCGACCGCAACGUGACCGAGAUCCACCGGGUAGGGAACACCACCAGCGUGCACUUUCGGCGGGAGGUGGAGACAGAGCCCAUCCUGACGUACAUCGAGGGGGUGUGCGUGCUGUGGUUCACGCUGGAGUUCCUGGUGCGCAUCGUGUGCUGCCCGGACACGCUGGACUUCGUCAAGAACCUGCUCAACAUCAUCGACUUCGUGGCCAUCCUGCCCUUCUACCUGGAGGUGGGGCUGAGUGGCCUGUCUUCCAAGGCAGCCCGAGACGUUCUGGGCUUCCUGCGCGUCGUGCGCUUUGUGCGUAUCUUGCGCAUCUUCAAGCUCACGCGCCACUUCGUGGGCCUGCGCGUGCUGGGCCACACCCUGCGCGCCAGCACCAACGAGUUCCUGCUGCUCAUCAUCUUCCUGGCCCUGGGGGUGCUCAUCUUCGCCACCAUGAUCUACUAUGCCGAGCGCAUUGGCGCUAGGCCCUCCGACCCGCGGGGCAAUGACCACACCGACUUCAAGAACAUCCCCAUCGGCUUCUGGUGGGCGGUGGUUACCAUGACGACGCUGGGCUAUGGGGACAUGUACCCCAAGACCUGGUCAGGCAUGCUGGUGGGGGCGCUGUGUGCACUGGCUGGCGUGCUCACCAUCGCCAUGCCUGUGCCGGUCAUUGUCAACAACUUUGGCAUGUACUACUCCCUGGCCAUGGCCAAGCAGAAGCUGCCUAAGAAAAGAAAGAAGCAUGUGCCCCGGCCGCCCCAUCUUGAGUCACCCAUCUACUGCAAGUCUGAGGAGACUUCGCCCCGGGACAGCACCUACAGUGACAUCAGUCCCCCUGCCCCAGAAGAGGGUAUGGUUGAGAGGAAACGGGCAGACUCCAAGCAGAACGGUGAUGCCAAUGCGGUGCUGUCAGAUGAGGAGGGAGCUGGCCUCACCCAGCCCCUGGCCUCUGUCCCCACCCCUGAGGAGCGCCGGGCCCUGCGACGCUCUGGCCCCCGAGACAAAAACAAGAAGGCAGCCGCCUGCUUCCUGCUCAGCGCCGGGGACUAUGCCUGUGCCGAUGGUAGUGUCCGGAAAGGCUGUGCAAAAUCCCGGAGUCUAAACAGCAUAGCAGGAGCAGCUGGAACCAGUCUGGGGCUGUCUCCACUGGCAUCGAGAUACAGCUCACCUUAUCCUCCGAGAAAGCUCCUGUUCUCCCACCCCUUCCACCCUCUCACCAGCCCUCCACCCGGACACCCUGGCCCUUAGCCGUGCCCCUGGCUCUCCCCACAUCUGGGCGCACGCCACGCUCACAUGCCCUCCAGCCCUCAUUCCUCCGUAGGCCCAAGGGAGCCCGGCAGGAGGCAGGAGAACCCGGGCCCCCAAGCCUCUCCCCCACAGCACCCAACUCCCCAGAACAUUCGGCUCUGGAGCCUGAGAGCAAGGGGGAGAUUACUCCCAGGGCUCCUCCUGCACUGGUGUCUGGCCUGAGCCCGAGCUGCUGGCAUUACCCACCACUGCCCUCCGGGACUUGUGCCUCUGAGCCUUGCCUCCCCUCAGAGUCCCACCUUCAUCCUGGGGAAUGCAUUUCCACUCCUCGUGGCCUUCAGUCGGUAACCAGCCUGCGACUGACUAUCUCUGUCUGUCUGUCUGUCCAUCCUACUCCUAGACCAGCAAAGAAUAAGGCUGUCCCGCAGGCGCCCCAUCUCUGCUGGUGCAUAGGGAGCUGGCUGGUCAGAGGAGCGGUGCGCCCCUGGGAGAGGAGGCCUGAUGCUCUCCAGCUCUGGCCUGGCAUGCAGGUGGGGUCCCUAGGGUCCCAAGAUUGGCUGGCUGCCGGGGCAUGGGAAUGCCCUCCUCCCGGAAGUGACACCCUGUGGCGGCAGAACCUGGCAUCCCAUCUGCACCCCAGCAGCCGUAUCUCUCCCGCGCUGCUCUCUCUGCUUCCACGAGUUUUUCUUCCCUCCUCCUCCUGCUGCCUCAGACUCCCAGCCCUGCCUGAGUCACCUGCCGCUCCCACCCAGCCUCUGCGCUCUGGAUGGCUGCCAGAGCCGGAGACUCAUCUAAUUUCUAUAAUUAAGUGUAUUCAUUUACCUAAUGAGCCCGGGAGCACAACAGGUGUGUGAGUCAUUGAGGGAGCAGGGGUGCACCCUGGGCAGGGGCAGCUGAGGGGAAGUGUGGGGACAGAAGCAAUCCCACCUCCUCCCGCUCCUGCAUAAGCACCCUGUCACUUCCAGGCAGGGCGGGGCUGGGCUGCAGGGGGCCCCUCUCUAGCAGUGAACCAGGGGAGGCUCUCCAGGCCCCCUCUGUCCCAGGACCCCAGAAGGCCUCAGCCAAGACAUUCCUGUUUCACCUGAUGGGAAUUAGACCUGACAGUGGAGCCUGGCAAUUUUUAGAGUCAGAUUACACAACUUUGGAGAGGGAAUGACUAAGGUCCAUAUCUGCUCCUUCCAGGGUGGGCAAAGGUAAGAAUGGCAAGACAGCCUUCAGGGACUCAGCAGGGGGCCGGGGAGUCUGGAGGUGCCCCCGAAAGGUGAACUGGGCAGAAAGUCCAGAUCAUUUCAUGAGAGUUGGGUGUUGUGAAAAGCCUCUGCCAGGACCACCCCCCUUUCAGUGCCCUCUGUCUUCAGCCUGGGGCAGACACAGGAAUGUGCCUUCCAGAAAAGUCUGCAGCGGGUCCUGGGAUACCCCAACCCUGCUGUGGUCCAUGAGGCCUGUCUCUGGCUUGCUCUCAGAAUGAGAUGAACCCCCAAGAGGUGAGAAAAUAUGGGGGCAUCCAUGUGACCACCCUUCAAGAGGGGACAGGCCCCUUCAAGUGACAGGGACAGGGAAGCCGUGUGGAGCAGGAUGGAGACUCUAGGAGCCCUGUCAAAGCUGGGGCUUAG